ACGUAUAAAAACAAUAAUACUUGCGGGCUAUUUUGAUUCGGUUCCGUUCGCUCCGAUAAAUAUUGCAUUUUUCUAUAGGAAAUAACCAUCCCUGAGUCUGCUAUGAGCUUGUAAUGCUAGCUUUUUUUUCCAUAUUGUUGAUUUAGUUAUUUGUUAUUCUUUAUCAGGCGAACACCUCCAGAACAAUGGUCUUAUCUCGAUUCAUUGAAAAGCUGAAGAUUGGAAAACGUUUCGUUCUGCUCGAUUUAGUGGUUCUUCCCGAUUGCGAUCCGCCAUGGGAAUCUGCUGGGCCUGAGAACAAAUUCGUUCCCCGAGAGGUGUGGCAGCUGAUUUAUCGAAAACUGCAGGAAGUUUGUCUGAAGCAUUUCGGGGAGCACAACGGGAGUGUCCGGAAGGUGGCUGUCCCUUAUACGCUGGACAGGGAACAUGAAUACCGAAUCCUGGAGCGACCAAAUAUUCUCUUGAAGUUUGAGUUCAAAGAUGUUAAUCAGAGGGAUGUCCUGAACAUAGUUUUUAACGAUAGUGAGAAAAAAUUACACAAAGACUGUCUCUGCGUGCAGAUCUGGGAUGAUGCAAGGAACAUGUUCCGAGAGUUGCAGGAAAAAGAGAAAACUGUCGGUCGGUUGCAGAAGGAGAAUGAAGGACUUAAGACGCUGCCUGAGCCGAGUCAGGAAUAUACGCCAACUCCUGUCAAGCGGUCAGGCUCGUCGGGAGAUGUUUCGCUGGGCCAUUCCGAGUAUGUUCCAACGGCUAUCAACGGAAAUUCUCCGGUACAACAGACAUCUUACAAACCUUCCAAAAUAGUAGACACGUACAAAGCGAAACCGGAUCCGUAUACUCCUAGCUCUAGCCAGGAGACUGAUUCGACCAAGAUUUCCUAUAUUCCCAGCUCGUACACGACCCCUUCUCCCAAACAACAAACGGACCAAAAAUCGGCUGUCUCCAGUUCCGGUGAGAACAAAGUCGUUGCAAAGAGGCGCCGUCGGGAAGCGGACAUUUUUGGCCAAUCGGACGAAGAAAACGAAGACAAACCGUCAUCUUCGACUAAAAAGGAACACGAUAGUGGCAGCAACCAGAGUGCCGAAAAUAUUUUCAGCGAAGAUUCAUCGCCGAAAGCGGUCGAUCUCAUUGGGAGCAGUAGCGAUGAAAUCGUACUGUUGAUGGAUAACAAACGGACUCAGCUGCCACGUAAAACUAAGAAUCAAGUUCUGUACAAAGAAUCCAUCACUCCGGAAAAUAAAUCCUGCCAAGCGAUGAGUUCGAAACGCCGUAAGAAGGAAGGUGAAACAACGAAAGACGGAAUGUCUUCCAAGAGUACAAAAUCCUCGUCCAGUGCGCUUAACAAAAGUGGAGUUCUCGACGAAUGGUGUAUGAGAUCCAAAGAUUCGAAGAGCUCAUCUUCCACCAAAAAAGAAGGCGAGUGGUUAGCCUCUUCGAAGCACAUUUCCAAACCAAAAGAUGGAGAAAAACACAAGAGGGAAAGCAAGGCGAAAAAGGAAUCCCUGCCUGUCACUGCAGUAGCCGCUCCUCCACCGGUGGAUCGAGAGAAAUUACGCGAAGAGGUGGAAACAAUGCGGAAAACAAUAGCUAGUUUGCAAAAGCUCGAGCGAAUGCUACCGGAGGAUAAAAGUAAUCUGGAUGUACCGAUAUUAGAUUGCUUCAAACUUUCCAUAAAGGACAUCCAGGAUACCUUCGAGGAUUACCGGGGCGAGCUGCGGCGGAUAUUCGACCGUUACAAGGACCUAUCGGAGCGCCAAUGGCAGAAAGCGAAUGAGUUGUGUUAUUUCACUGAGGUAACGAGUGUUAUGGAAGACGACCAAAAGUACUCGAUGAUGCAGCGGCUCGAGGUGGAGUUCGUUCCGGAGGAGGAUCGUGGGAAGUACACAGAGUUCUUUUCGUCGGUCCUGAUCAUGGAGUGGGGACUCCGCAUCUGGAUGAAGCUUUUCCAGUAUGCCGACAGACAGGAGGCGCUGGAUCGCAUCAGGCUGCAGGAGGAGGCGAAUCCAAUGGAGCUGACGUCGAGCAAUAUCGGUUGUUUGAUGGCGAGUAGCAACAAGAAGAAGCGAUGAGCCUCUGGUGAUUUAUGAUUAUGUUUUUCUUAUUUUUAUUUCUCAACUACAAGUGGGGCCUUAUCAUGAGGAACGAAUGAUUUGUAUUGUUUCUGUUAGGUACAAGAAGUAUAUCUUCGGUUCUCGAUCUUGAACCAAAAACGAA